UUAUUCCUGAGUGUGUAAUGGUGGUUAAAUGUAGUUCUAAAACGGAAACCAUUCAUAUUAGUGUGCAUUUUGAGGUUUUUAAGACAGCGUCAUGUCCCUUACGGCUUGCCGUACUUUAAGCAUUAAGAAGUCAAGUCAAGAUCGUCGGUCAAAGUUGACUUCGACUGGUGCACAAAGUCUGAACGCGUCUACGCAUUUCCCUCUAUAAUGUCUGCAGGAAAUAUUUCCCGAUUCUGGGAAUGGGGACGGAAGAUUAUUUGCGUUGGCAGGAACUACGUGGAUCAUGCCAAAGAACUGAAAAACGCAGUUCCCACGGUGCCGGUCCUGUUCUUGAAGCCACCUUCCGCCUAUGUUAGAGAGGGGUCGCCCAUCCUCAUACCCCUCUAUUCCAGCAACCUGCACCAUGAAGUGGAGCUCGGCGUGGUGAUUGGCAAGGGGGGCACGGCAAUCCCUCAAGCCGUCGCUAUGCAGCAUGUGGCCGGGUACGCGUUGUGCUUGGACAUGACAGCAAGGGACGUCCAGGACGACUGCAAGUCCAAAGGUCUGCCCUGGACCCUCGCCAAAGCCUUCAACACCUCCUGCCCCAUCAGCGAGUUCAUCCCCAAGGAGCGAAUCCCCGAGCCGGGUAAUGUCAAGCUGUGGUUGAAGGUCAACGACCAGCUGAGGCAGAGUGGAUGCACCUCCCAGAUGAUCUUCUCCAUCCCGUAUCUCAUCAGCUACAUCAGCGACUUCAUCACCCUGGAAGAGGGCGACCUUAUUCUGACCGGGACCCCCAAGGGAGUUUCGGCUGUGCAGCAGCACGACGAGCUGCAGGCAGGUAUUGAUGGAGUCAUCACGAUGAACUUCAGAGUGGGCAGACAAGAAUCAACUUAAUUAAAAAAACAACUAAAAAUUCAAGUUUCAGCUCAUGUUCCACGUGUAUACCAUGUGUGGACAGCAGAUGGCAGUGUUGGCCACCUUUUCACUGUACUUUCAUUGUACAGUAAUGGACACGGUUAAUCUUCAACCAGCAAAAAAGUGGACUUUUGAUUUGUUUAAUGUCCUUUUAGGUUUUGAUUUUAAUCAGAACUAAAGACGACAACACCACCAUUCAUCUCCCACCCAUAGGUGCAGAUUUAAUGAAGAAAAUGGUACAAUAUUUCCAAAAAAAGAGUGAAAUUACAUAUUUGCUUGUGUCAGAUUUGCUUAUAUCUGCUCAUAACACUCAUUCUACUGAAACAAUGGAAUAUGUUUAUAACCUUAUUGUGGCUUUUUCUCGUGUUUGUGAGAAAAUUAUCAUUUUCCAUUUUGUUACACAGUUUUUUUUAAAUACAAAUCUAACUAAGCAUUAUUAAAAUAUGGUCUAAAAGUAAUAAUCAUGUUAUAUAUGAAUAAAAUAUAAUAAAAUAAUAAAUAAAAUAUAAUUAAUAUCGGAAUUUCCCCUUGUGGGAUCAAUUAACAUUGUGAAAAUAAAUGAAUUAAUUUGAUUUACAACUGCAGGAAUGUACUUAGGUAGUUAGAAGAUAGUAAUUAUUGUAUUUAACAUGUUAUAUAGCCUUUUUUCCUCGCAGUGUUUGUGAGGAAAUUAGCCAUUUAAAUCACAUAUUCUAUUAUACUAUAAUGAUUUUUAAUUAUAAUCUUCAAGUAGACACUAGAAUAUUGUAUAAAUAAAUAAAUACACAGUAUAUAAACAAUAUACUAGCACUCACUGAGAAAAUGAUAAAAAUGGUUCUGUCAAGUGCCAUACAUUUUUCAUGGGGGGGGCAAAGGUCUUAUGGAACUGCAUGAGGGUUUAAAAAUAAGAGCAUGUGAGAAGUUCACAAUUCAUGAUGGAAUUUAUGCCCGUAUUGGAUAUAAACCAAGGUUUAACUCUUUUAAAAAUACAGCAAAAUCAGAAGGAAUGUGCAUUUGAUAUUUGUCGUCAUCAUCAUUAUGAGCCCACGUGCAGCAAUAAAACACCCAACGUAAUGUAUUUUGAAGCUAUUACCCCAUUAACAUGUUUUAUGUGUAAGACACCUCCACACAGAAGGUCCGUCUUAUAAUCCCAUUAGGAUGAACUCAUGUGGUGGAAGCUUCCCUGUGCUGUAAAAUGGGAGUUCAAGUUGAGAGAGAAACUUGUGUGCAAGGACUUAAGAGAACCAAUGGUUUGGCACCGGCGACAUGUGGCUGCUCCUAAACUCGGACCACAUCAUGCUGCUCAUUUGGCACAGUCAGGACUUGUUUCCCUCGCCAGGAGUUUGAUGGAGUCACGCUCGAACACCAGGUUUCUGCUCCGGGACAAAAGAUGGAUACGCUGUGAAAUUUAUUUUCCAUUCCAACCCACUUUGUCUGGUUUAGAAUGAUUGUAUUUCUGUUAAUGCGUUUAGAUUUGAACUUUUUUAGAUGUCCCAUUGAUCUGAUGGAACAUCUGCUGUGGGUUCAGUUACAGCGUUCCCACAGGGCUCUCUGCUUUCAGGAUCAAUCAAAAGUAACACGAGUGCGUGCACAUCACCUUCACUCACCUGCAGGGCGUGUCACAACACACAAAGCACUUGUGUUUGCAUUUAAGAAACGCUGACAUACUUUCUUAUAAAACCAUUUGACUGCUGCAUGUUUCUGUCGUAUCGCAUACAAAGGCUUUAUGAGAGCUUAAAGUUAAUGCAUAACCUUCAUCGUCCCUGUGCGACUUGAAUGUAUUACAAAAGCAAAAACAAUGGCUUCAAAGCCAAAGCUCAGUUCUGGUUUAGCAUUCAGAGCAUGCAGGAAGUUGUGAGCGGCCAUCGAAGCAGUGACAUCACACCAGGUGCUAAGCGAGCCAAAAAGGCCGCAGGAAAUCACGUGGCAAACAAAAGUUCCUGCUUCCAUACCAGCUCUAGCAGAGAUUUAAAUCUCUCUCUAUAGUUCAAGCUACAUGCUUAUAAGUAGAGUAUUUCCACAUUGUUCUUGAAGUCUAGUUAAUUAUUGAAGUGACAAAUUACUCCAGAAAGGCAACGGUAUGACGUAUACACAAGGGGUGCCCAUUACGUCGAUCGCGAGCUACCGGUAGAUCACCAUGGUAGUUUGGGUCGAUCGCAUAAACGUCACUUUGUAGGUGUCAUAUGACAUCAGUCAGCUGACAUUAAGCUCCCCUCCUGAUUCGCUCUUGUUCCCCCCGCGGCGUUUCCAGCUACACACGGAGAUGCAACUUUCAUCUUUAUUAUUCUGAUUAUGGAUAAGCUAACUCAGCGGUAACAUUCUUAUAUGUACAAAAAAAAAAAGUUCUCUCUUAACUUGUAGCGGGUAGUUAUGUAGAUGGUUUGAUGGCUUGGCUUCGCGUCGUAAACGCCACUACAGAAAUCAGUGUUUUCUACACGUCCGCUUCUUAAAACUAUUAUUUCAUGAUGAAAUGGAAAAUGUGGCCUUUGCUGAAACCUUUUUAAUAUGUUGCCUUGACUUCGGCUGCAUUGUCUUUUGCAUAAUCGCUUCCGAUUCUUGUAUAUCGCUAAUGUUUGAUGGCAAAUGCGAACUGGAUGUAAUACAUGAACUGUGUCUCCUCAUGAACGUUACGAAGCUAUUUUUUCACGUCAAACAGAUCUAUCUUUUAUAACCACAGGAAUACACAUAUCAAGUAUUCAUUAUUAUCAUUAUUAUGCUAUUAUAAGAAUAGUAUUAUUAUUAUGCCUGUCAAUCGAUUCAAAUGUUUAAUCACAAUCAAUCGCAGUUUGUCCAUAGUUAACUCGCAAUUGAUCGCAAUUAAUCACAGAAAGAAGUGUUUAUGUAUAAUAAGUGUACCUUUGGAAAUAUCAUUUAAAAGUUUUGAACACACCUAUCAACAUGAAACUGGAUAAUAUGUUGGCUAUUAUAAAAAUGUUUGUUUUUUAAGUAUUAAGUUUUUUGUAAACAGCUCAACACAAGCCGGACCUCAAUGUAUAAAAAGCAAACCUAAUGUACAACAUGUAGACAUUGGCAAGGAAAUCUAAUCAUGACUAACAUUACAAAUAAAGGUUUGCAAAAACACACACCGACUAAGUGAAAUGAAAACAGGGUGUUAUCGUAUUGCCAACUUACAAUAAAUAAAGUACGAACAGUCAAUAGCUUACAGAACUACACACACACACAAACGAACCCUCGGUCUAGCGACUUCAACGACGUGGGAAGUAUGGCACGGCGGGUCUUUCAAUAUGGACCUUUUAUUUUGUCAUCUUUGACAAACACAGCAGUUCGGGUAUAAAGGCUAAUAAAUAAUAAUAAAUCUAAUAAAUUCCCUCGAGAUUCUUCACUGCCAUCUACCGUGCGCGCUCGCUCACUUCCGCCUUUGUCACGUUGACAC